GGUGACGGUCUCCCCGGCCGCCCCGCAACCUCGGAGGCGCCCGGGGCACGGCGGCGGCGGCGGGCGGCAAACUUCGCGGUCGGCGCAGGGCCCAAGCCUCCUCCCGGCGCGACGGCCCUGCCAGUCCCGGCUCGACGGCGUACGGGGCGUGGAGCUGCCCGGAGACGGCCCGGCGCACGGAAAGAAACACUUGUGCUGGUCCCAUUUCCAGGGAUGCUACCAGAGCUCAAGGCUUUCAGCCAGUCCUGCCCAGAAGUGCCACUUGCAGAGGCAGGAGUUGAUGAAGUAUUUCAAGCUGAUGGAGUGGGUUUGCUAGAAAACUCAGAAUUAAAACCCUUCAUGUGGCCUUUGUAAAUAUGCGUUUGAGACACAGAGAGAUAAGUAGCAGCUGAAAAAAAUGCCUGGAAGAUUUCUGUCCCUCCUCUUCCUGCCCAUUUGCAUCUCUGCCUGAUUCGAAUGAUGUGAUAUUCGGAGAGACAGCUUCAUCGAAGUCGUCCUUCAAGGAGACCCAUCUGGCCCAAGACUGGACGUACAGAAUUCAGGAUGGCCAGUCAGCCGCCAGAGGAUGCCGCUGAGUCUCAGGUCUCGGACGAGCUGGAGUGUAAGAUCUGUUACAACCGGUACAACCUGAGACAGAGGAAACCCAAAGUGCUGGAGUGCUGUCACAGGGUGUGUGCCAAAUGCCUCUACAAGAUCAUAGACUUCGGGGACUCCCCGCGCGGCGUCAUCGUCUGCCCUUUCUGCAGGUUCGAGACGUGCCUGCCGGAUGACGAAGUCGGCAGCCUGCCCGAUGACAGCAACAUCCUCGUGAACUUGACUUGUGGUGGCAAAGGCAAAAAGUGCCUGCCUGAGAACCCCACGGAGCUGCUGCUGACCCCCAAGCGGCUGGCCUCGCUGGUCAGCCCUUCCCACGCGUCCUCCAACUGCCUGGUCAUCACGAUCAUGGAGGUGCAGAGGGAGAGCUCACCAUCGCUCAGCUCCACGCCCGUGGUCGAGUUCUACAGGCCCUCCAGCUUCGACUCCGCGACCACCAUGUCGCACAACUGGACCGUGUGGAACUGCACGUCCCUGCUCUUUCAGACGUCCAUCCGGGUGUUGGUAUGGUUGCUAGGUUUGCUGUACUUCAGCUCCUUGCCCUUGGGCAUCUACUUACUGGUAUCCAAGAAGGUCACCCUCGGGGUGGUCUUCGUCAGCCUCGUCCCUUCCAGCCUCGUCAUCCUGAUGGUAUAUGGCUUCUGCCAGUGCGUCUGUCACGAAUUCCUAGACUGUUUGGCACCGUCCUCUUAACCGAGACGCACGCUCGGAAUUUGACAAACGUUGCCACGUUUCAAGUGAGGUCAUUAAGCCCAUCUUUUCUCGCGCAUUCUCUGUGAUCAGUGCCCGUGGCGUGAACAAAGCCACUGGGCACAUAUUCGUGGUCCGUUUUCCAUCAAAAUGUUGACUCAGUUGGUUCCCCUGUGUGCUGGAAAUAAAAACGUUCGUUGCUGCUUAUGUGUUAGCAAAAAAGAAAAAGGGAUCAGCUAAGCCUUCCUAGAGCCCUUCUGAGUCUUCCCAGAGAAAGGGCAGGUUCUGCUCAGAGCUGCUAGACAGACGCCAGGGCCAGGCGUGUUAUGCUGCCGUAGGGGUCUUUGUGGACAGUUAGGCAUGAACUGAUUCCUCUUCUCAUAAUCUUAGCCGGGGAUGGAGGGUGGUCCAAGAGGAGAGCAGCCCCGAGACACACCUGUUUGCUCAGUGCUCAUCCCCUGCCCCUGCCCCAUUGUUGGCGCUUCUGUGGAUCCUCUUCAGCCCGGAUGCUGGUUCCCUCUGCGCAUGCUCCUUGCCAAGAGGACCCUCGCCUCUUGUGUGGUUUCAGUUAUGUACCUGUUUUGCCGCAUCACUAAAGAGAAUUAAAAACAUUGAGGAAUUUGCAUCAGAGUAAACUUCAAGGCGGAAUGUGGCCGCUUGUUUUUGAGACACGCGCUUUCCUCCACGUUUAUUUUCCACUCUCCAGCCUUCUCUGAAAUUCUCUCAGAGCAGUUAUCGUUCAGAGAUCUGACUUGAGCUUUUCCUUAAAGCAUUUUCGUUUAGUUUCUUUUUUUUAAACCACGUUGUUCAGUCAGCCCCAUUCCUUAUCCUGAGUGAGGUUCCGUUCAAAUUAGUUGCCAUAACUUUGUGUGGAUUUUGUUUUUUUCCCAUUGUAUUUUAGAUUCUAUUACGGACUCAACUUAAUCCCAUAACAAUUUGGGGUAAAUUGCGGCAGUGGAAACCCAGAAACAAUUCAGGAGCUGUUCAAGCUCAUGGUUUGAUGUGCUGAGAACCUAAGUAUUUUGCUGUGCUUUACUGAGCUGUACCAAAAUACUAUGGUUUAGGCCUAUAUGCCAGACUGUGUUGCAGUAGGUCAGGGAGAAGGAUGGGCAAGAAACAUCAUGCCAAGUGGAUGCCCUGAAUCGAAAAGAUCCUUCAAGGAGGUAAGAUGGAGGGGCAGAGUGCAAUCUGACUAUUGCCAUCCCUGUUAAGUCCCUUUUAGAAUGGAUUCAAGUUCUUAUGCAAUCGAUUUCAAAUAAAAGCAUAAGCUAUGUGACUUGAGUUAAUGAACUUCUUUUCAUGAUGUAGGGGAAGUUGAAUGUAUAUAUUUAUGAGAAGACAUUGGUUAGCACAUUUUAGGUUUGAGGGAACAGAAUGCCCACAGAAAGUAGGCAAAAAAAAAAAAAAAAAAAAGCUUUUUAGUCUAAAACUCAUUACUGAUGAUAAACAUUUAAAUACUUAUAACUCUUAGAAAGGGGCAUUACUAAGACUGCUUUAACUUGUUUGUGAUGAAACAUUUGUUGCUUGAAAUACAGUGAACCAGUUCCAAUCUCUUUUAUUCAGUAAAAAAAAUGACACUUAUUUCUAGAAUAGUAGUUUGACUUUAAUUCUGUAACUAUUAACUUUGAGAAUAUGUAUGCCCAGGCUAGGUAUGACAGGAAAGUAUAUGUGGGAUGUGGCCCAAUGAAUUUAAGCCCCAAUACAGCUAAAUACACUUAUAAUUUCACGAAAUCUAGUUUAGAUAGCAUUGUGAAUGCAAUUUCCAAAUAUCCAUUUGUACUUAGAGUAAAUAUAAUGUUUAGGAGAUGUUUUGUGGUCCGGAUUUAUAUAUUUAUAAGGUUUUUAAAAAAUGUUCAUGUUGCCUGAAAUGUAACAUCAAAUAAAUUGGCGACUUAUCAUGGGAUGAGGUUUCUAGAAAGCCCUGGACAUGGGUACUAUGCAUUUUGCUUCUUUGUAUAAUGUCUGCAGUGCUAAAUUUGUGUCUCUCUUUGUAUCGUGAUAGUCUUUUUUUUUUUUUUAGUUGCCAGUAAGUUAAUUCGGUGUUAAAGAGUUUUAAGUGUAUGACAACAAAAAACUCUUCGUGCUGUUGAAUGAAAAAAGGACAGUGCUUCAGUCUUAUUUAUUGUGGUGAUGUUUUGUUUGUCCAUUAAAUUGUUAUUAUUUCCAA